CGCGACUUUUUGACGUCCCGGAGCUGCAAGUUCGCGUGAGUUUUGUGAGAUCAUAGCGAGAUAUGUUACGGCCUUGGAAAGCUCACAAAAAACACAACUGCCCAGGUUUUGCAUAUCUUGACAAAACACCUUACAUUUUCUCCAGUUUCCCAGUUAUUCCUACCUUGAAUGCGACACUACGAAGUACUUGACUGCAUCCCUUGAACCACCUGGAGCUCCUCAGCCCAGAUAGGUCAUGGAGGACUCCAAGAGAGCAGAAUUGACGGAAACGUCAAACGCGCUUCGGGGGGAGUUGAAAGUAUGGGAGAAGGCAUUUUCUGCGGCGAAUGAAGGCAAAAAAGCUUCUCGAGAGGACAUCAAGAAGAACGCCGAGAUUGGUAUGUCCUUUAACCCCUACAAGAUCGGCCAGUCUAGCUAACUCUUAUCACCAGCUGCAAAAUACAAAGAGUACAACAAGAUCCGCGACAUUCUCUCAGGCAAAAUUCCAUUACCUCCACCACCAGCACCACGCCAGACCCCUCGAAAGCGAAAAUAUGAGGAGCCAGCUGGCAACGAAGUCUCGAAACGACAGCAGAUCUCAAGGACCCCGUCGAAAGGCAUAUUACAACCCUGGCAGGUCGAUCCAUAUGAUUCUCCAUCAGUAAUUCGGAACCUCUUCACACCAUCAAAGAAAGCACUUGGACCAACUCCGCAGAAAGAUGGCAUGGUCUUGGGAUUGUUCGACCUACUUGAGCAGGAUAUCACAGCGGCUACACCAUCGAGAAGGAAUGCUGAGGCCAAAGGGCUACCCAAAGCCAUCCAUGCAACCCCCCGAAAAGCAGGGGCGGAAAUCGGACUCAAAGGCAGCAAAACACCUGGCUCUGGACGUCGAUUGCUGGAUGCUUUUGCUACUCCAGCAAAGAACCGCCAUAUUGGAGAAGCAGGCACGCCAUCCUCAGUCUCAGAAUUACAUUUCAAUACUCCGUCAUUUCUGAGACGAGAUAAUCACAGAAUCCAAUUACCAGCCGUAAACGAAGAAGGCCCGGAAUUGUCCCCUCAAAUGGUCAGAGUACCUCGGAAACCACUAGUCAGAGGCUUGAGCAGUAUGUUAGCCGGACUCCGUAAAAUGGAAGACCAGGCGGCGGACGACGACCUGGACGCUCUUCGAGAGAUGGAAAUGGAAAUGGAAGGCAGCAGCAUGACUGUACCCAGACCAAAGCCAAACCCAACAUCAACUGCCCAAUCAAAACCAAACCCCAUCCAGCCUGCUACGAAGGAAAAUAUCCUGGUAGCUGACAGCCAAACAAACCUCGUAGGUGCAUUCGACGAUGAGGCUCAAUUCGACAGCGAAGCCGAAUCACCAGAAAUUGGACGUGACGGCCAACCCUUGAAAGUAUACAAGAAGAAAGGGCAGAAACGCACAACCCGCCGGGUGAAAAUGAAGCCCACACGCUCCAAACCUUCGCAACCAUCCAAAACCCCAGCCGAGGAUGAAGACAGCGACGACGAGGUCGCCGGUCCCAGUGACAUCGUUCCAGAAACCCAAAUUGAUGGUGGUCUAGACGAUCACUCAGAAACAGAUCUUGCUCAAGACACAUUCGAAGAAGCCGCCAGAAAUUUUGACUCGGAUUCUCAGAGCGAGUAUACAGCUUCUGAAGGCGGCACGCGAUACAAAAGACCGGAUCAGAGUAAGAAACGGAAGGGGAUGACGAAGGAUGGGAAGAUCAGAUCGGUGGCGAAGAAGGUGAAUGCCAUGGCACAUCAGAACUUCAAGAGGCUGAAGUUGAGAAAUUCAGGGGCCAAGGGAGGACCAGCGCAUAAUAGUCGCUUUAGGAGGAAGAAGUAGCUUAGAACAGGACUGGAAUGAAUGAGUAUCACUGUAUUGAGUCUGAGCUGGACAGUGGAUAGCUGGGCUAGCACUUGGCUGUGAGAGGAGCACUUUAGGUUUUAUGAGAAUCACGGCAGAAGAAAUCACGUUGAUGAUUAUGAGGGAUACGCGGGCAU